UUUCCAUUUUUUUUUUAUUGCAUCAUAUGUUUUGACUUCACUAUCCGGAACUUGUGUCAAAAUGUCAUAUGUUUUUGACCAAUAGAAAAAGAGCUGUAGCAAAAUGCAAAAUGCCAUAUGUUUUCAUGUCAAGCCACCUGUUCCUGCAAAUUGUCUCAUGUUGUCAUUGGAUUGUUGAUUGAUUGGCAACUCAGCUCUAACAUAAUAAUAGAUUAUCAAUUAUGGCUCUCAGAGGCAGGCGCUUAGUUGAACUGGCGUUGGCAGAAAAUGAGGUCUCACCAGAGGUUCGACAAUCCAUGGACCGUGAGUUUGGUAUUGUGAACAUCGACAACAACAGUACAACAAACCUUAAUGAGCAUACUUAUUUUGUAAGUCCUAAGCCUACUACCAAUAUUGAAAAUAACACUUCAAAUACAGUAAAAACAAAACUCUGCCAAAUUGUAAACUACAAAGAAUUGUCAGAUAGUGACAGUCCUUUAUUUUCGGAUUCAGAUGAGUACAACUACGCUCCCAGUAGUGACUUUGGUGAGGUUUCUAGCAGUGAUGAGGAACCAAAAAAGAAAAGAAGAUCGAAGAAAAUUAAUAAAGUAAGUCUGCUGAAACACGUAGCAGUUCAGAAAGUAACAAACUAUGAAAAACAACAGCAAAUCGGACAAGAACCAGAAAGCAGCACAGAAAAAGAAACAGUAGUUUUUGAACAAAUAUUAACAGGCGAUACCCAACUGAAUACUAAUAAAGAUAGUGUAGUUGAAAACAGAGAAGGAGAAGAAAAUAGAAAUGAAGCUCGAGGGCAAGAAAUAAGAGGGAUAAAACAGAAACGUAAAAGAAGUCGGAAAGGUUUAUCUAAUCCACAGCAAUGGCAAAGACAAGUCAACAAAGAAAAGAGGAUGCGGGGAGAAAGUUACAAGGGCUUAAAAAAAAAUAAUGGAAAGUUUACAUUGAGUGUUGACAAGGAAGGUAGGAAAAUGAAAUGUCGCUGUACGUGUAAGUGGAGUAGUAAGAAUACCAACUCUUUGUCAUGUUCAAGUCUGCAGGAGGAAGACAGAGAGAAAAACUUUAAAUAUUUUUGGAAAGUUUUAAAUGAUUGGUCUGGUAGAAAAGCCUACAUCUCCUCUUUGAUAGAAAGAAAGAAAAUUACUAAAAGACGUAAAACAUCUAUUCUGACUGACUCAACUAAAAGAAAUGUAACAUACAAAUAUCAUCUAAUCAAAGACAACAUGCGUAUUAAUGUUUGCAAGAAAUUUUACACACAUUGGAUGUGGGUGAAAGAAGUGUUCAGUCAUGGCUUCGUGAACUGUCACAUGAUAAUACUGAGUUAGAGGAAUACAAUUUUGAACCAUUAAAUGUUAAUAAUCCUGUCAUUCCUGUUGCAAAAUCUAAGAAGAAGCGAGGUUCAGAGGAUGUUAAGUCUCGCUCGGUAGAAGAGUUCUUCCAUAGUCUCCCAAAGAUGGAGUCCCACUACUGCAGGGCCUCAAGCCAAAAACUUUACCUUGAACCAGUAUGGGAAAGUAAAGUAGCGCUCUUCAAGGAAUACAAGCAAAAUUUUUGCGUUGACAACAGUAGAAGUGCUAGUUGGUCAGUAUUUUCUAGGGUUAUGUAUAAGCUUAACAUUGAUCUCUACCAACCCAAAAAAGACCAAUGUGAAACAUGCAUUAAGCAUAAACUAGGAACUGUGUCUGAUGAAGAAUUCAAAAUACAUCAAAAUAAAAAAGAGAAAUCCAGGGCAGAAAAGGAGAAAGAUAAGCAAAGAGCAUUAAGUAACGAAUCAUUGGGCGUUUACACAGUUGAUGUUCAAGCCGUUCUUUUAUUACCUAACAUAAUGAGUUCUUCUGCAUACUACAAAACUAAACUAAAACUGCAUAAUUAUACAAUUUAUAAUAUGAAAAAUGCAGAAGUAAAUUGUUUUUUGUGGCAUGAGGCCAAUGGUAGCUUAGAAAGUGAUGUGUUUGCUUCCAUUCUGUACAAAUUCUUCAAAAAGAAAUUUGUGCAAAAAACCUUUCUGAAAUCAUAAUUUGGUCAGAUGGGUGCGGGUAUCAGAAUAGGUGCGAGAAGGUCUCAAAUGCACUACUUCACCUUUCAAAUGUUAA